GAAAUCAGAGGGGACCGAGCCUUCCUGACGACACUGCGCGAAACAACAGCUCCUCCUGAUGCAGCUGCUGGAGCUUCUAAAUAUUUGAUUCCCCGAAAAAGGGAAACAUCUUUUACUGUCUCGCAAGCAGGCCGGAUCGACUGAAAUGGCGUUACACCGGCAAAACACCGACCCACUCCCUCGCCGUCUAACCGGGAAAUAAACCCAGAGCGGCGGCAGCAGCAGGACUGAACUCCCCGCGGUGCGCACCAUCCAUGGUCCUCCCUCGGAUGCCUGUCUGACAGGAGGGUUGGUGUUACUCCGCUGAAGCUACUGGGUUAGAACCUUGAGUCAGAAGAAGAGGAAGCGAUCUAGGAGGCCUCCCUGACAGCAGGGGGCAGCAGCAGACAUGCAGGAUUCAUCCUCUGACAACAAGAUGGCCAAGCAGGAGCAGAACUCGAAGCACCUGGACGAACACAGAGAAACAGAGGACACAUCUGAGAAGACCUCCCCUAACAAGAACCUGAAAUCGCCUCAGAAAGGCUCAAAGCGCCUGAAAACCGCCCCCUUCAAGGUGGCACUGCUGGAUUCCUCCGAGUAUGAGGGAGAAAUUGAGAAGCACUCCAAAGGACAGACCCUGAUGGACAUGGUGUGCGAGCACCUCAACUUGUUGGAGAAGGACUACUUCGGCCUGACCUUUGCUGACACAGACAGCCAGAAGAACUGGUUGGAUCCCUCCAAAGAGAUCAAGAAGCAGAUGCGCAACAAUCCAUGGCAAUUCGCCUUCGCUGUCAAGUUCUAUCCUCCAGACCCCUCCCAGCUCACAGAGGACAUUACCAGAUACUACCUGUGUCUGCAGCUGAGGGAUGAUAUCCUGUCAGGUCGGCUGCCAUGCUCGUUUGUCACCCACGCCCUCCUGGGCUCCUACGCCAUUCAGGCCGAGCUGGGAGACUACGACCUGGAUGACCACGGCUCCGAUUACGUCAGCGACUUCCGCUUCGCUCCCAAUCAGACCCGCGAGCUGGAGGAGAGGGUGAUGGAGCUCCACCGAACCUACAAGGGGAUGACGCCUGCCGAGGCUGAAAUGAACUUUUUGGAGAAUGCGAAGAAGCUGUCCAUGUAUGGGGUGGACCUCCAUCAUGCUAAAGAUUCAGAAGGCAUUGAAAUAAUGCUCGGGGUCUGUGCCAACGGCCUCCUGAUUUACAGAGACAGGCUGAGAAUCAACCGCUUCGCCUGGCCAAAGAUCCUGAAGAUUUCCUACAAGAGGAGCAACUUCUACAUUAAAAUAAGACCUGGCGAGUAUGAGCAGUUUGAAAGUACCAUCGGCUUUAAGCUUCCUAAUCACAGAGCUGCCAAGAGGCUGUGGAAGGUCUGCAUUGAGCACCACACCUUCUUCCGCUUGGUUUCUCCAGAGCCUCCUCCUAAGGGCUUCUUGGUGAUGGGUUCGAAGUUUCGAUACAGUGGAAGGACGCAGGCUCAAACCAGACAGGCCAGCGCCCUCAUUGACCGCCCUGCUCCUCACUUUGAGCGUUCCACCAGCAGAAGGUACCUGCUGUCCAGGAGCUUGGAUGGUGCAGAGUUCUCGCGACCGGUAUCGUCCAUGUGCGAGAACCACGACGGCCUGACCCGUCGCAGCGCCAGCGAACAGCGUCGACUCCACAGCCCCUCGGCAGACGAGCAGGAAACGGAGCUGGAGCCCAGCCUGGAGCAGGACGAAGAAGAUAAGGAGCACGAUCUGAGCCACGACAUGGAGGAGGAGAAAGACCAUGACGGCAACGUCACUCCAAGCAGAAAGAAAGAAAUCAGGGAGGAGGCUGGCUCUCCAGCUGACAGUAAACAGGAGCUCUCUCAGUUGGACCAGGAGACCACUCCUCGGCACAAAAAGGAGUUUCAUGAUAAAUCUAAGGACGUCUUGCUGAAGCACCAGGCCAGCAUCAACGAGCUGAAGAGGGCCCUGAGGGAGCCCAACAGCAAGCUGAUGAACCGCGAGAAGCGUCUUUCUGCGACGUCUCCGACGGCAACUCCGGAGAAGAAAGCUUUGGGGGGCCGAGCAGUGGGAAAAGACCCUGUUAACAGCCCUUCUGUUGAGGGUUUCGUCCAGAAGGCUCUGGUGACUUCACCUGAGGGCUCUGAGGAGUGGGUAUUGAUUGAAAAACAGCAACCUUAUCAAGCAGACCAUGACUGGAGGGCAGAAGAAAAGAACAAAUCUCACAUAUCUGAUUCCUCGUGGGAGAAAAAGGAGCUGGAAAAAGAGAUAGACAUUACCAAAAUGAUACUUAAAGAGGAAGCAGGGUAUAACAGGAGGGAAGUGCAAAGCCAUAUUGAUGAAUUUCCAUCAACAAGAACACCCAGAGAGAAGGCUGUAUGCUCUGAGACUUGGCCUUCAGCGAUUCAAUUACCUGAGAAUGUAGACUGGUUACUAGAUAAAUCUCAAAAUAAACCCUUUCAAGCCUCCGGCCCCGAGGCAAACAGAGAUGCGGCUCCAGGCUCACGCCAGACAAAGGAAAAGAUGGGUUCCAAAGCGAGGAAAAAAAGCAGACCCCAGAGCCUAAAUGUGGGAAUCCCUGCAGAACUCGUCAACAGGAAGUCUGGGAGUGAUUCCUCCGCAGAGGAAAAUGAAGACUCAGACUCAGACAACACAUCAGAAAAAACAUCCAAAAGAGGACAUCACAGUGAUACAUCUCCAGUGAUCAUAAGGAAAGACAACCAGGGAUUACCAAAGGAUCAGUUUGUUAGUGGAUACAAAGACAACAGGAAAGAGGAAUGUGGUGAGGGAAAGGAGGUCUCCAGUCAAGGAGUAGAGCAGGUAAAGAGAAAGGUCAAUCAGAUGGGAGGGGCAACCAUUGAUUUAGGCUUAUUAAAUGGACCCGGAAAUAUAGAACAUGACAGUUCUUUACCCAGCGGUAAAGGAGAACAUGCGGUGAAGGUCCGAGGAAAGGGUCUUAUUGACAACAAAGAGCUAGCAGAAGUAAAACUUCGACAAGUCCGGACACACGAAAGAAAGGUCAGUAGCUCUGGUGGAGAGGAUGUCGAAGGUUUCUUGGGCGAGAGAAGCCACAGGACAUCUCUACACCGGCUGUCAGGCAGCAGCUACCAGUCAGAGAUCACCAGGAUCGUUCCCCUGAAGCCAGAGCGUUCAAAGAGUGUUGCAUGCAAGGACGAAAGAGAGCAGACGGGGCACGAGGAGUUCACGCGGGUCGUCAAACGAGAAUACCGCUGGUCAGUGGGCUCUCCGGAGGGAUCCUCUGACCUGCACUGGACCGACAUCCCCAGCUUCCAUCCAGCCUUCCCUGGAGAUCCAGAGGGUUUUGCUAAAACGGAACAUCUAGAUGAAGGCUUUCAGAGCAGCAGAGGCCCCGCAGAAAACCAGCAGUUCAGUUCAAAGACUUCAGUGCUUCCCAAAAUGGCUCCCCCAGCUCCGCCAGUGAAAACACAGAAAGCCAAGGAGUCUGGGCUAAUACUGCGGAAUAGCAGAAAUGCCGGCAGGGAGCAGAGCCUGGACGCAGCCAAGAAGAGACACUCGGAGCCCGUCUCUACUCCAGCCAUAUAUGAAGAGCCGUUUGCUGACUUUAAGACUCCUUCUGGGGAGAGGAGGCCUCAGCCGAGCCUCGCCUCGGAGGAGGAGCAGGAACGGGACACGGUGGCCUCAAUGAGGGAGACCCAGCUGGGCAUCGAGCGCAAAUGCUCCAGCAUGACGGUCAGCUCCACAUCCAGCCUGGAGGCAGAAGUGGACUUCACCAUCAUCACGGACCUCCACCCGGGGAUGGAGGACUUUUCUAAGGGCGCGUCGGAGCUGGGAGAGAGGGAGCGGCAGUCAGAGGUUGGACGGGAGGACUUUGAGGAGACCUCCAGGUUCUACUCUGCCCGUCUAAUGGGCUCCAAGGAUAAGUUCCCGAUGGAGGAGAGGCUUCCUGAGGAGGGAACCUAUCAUGAGCCUCCAGUGGCCAAGAAAGACGCCAGUGCUGUGAGCGUGGCCCACAAGCUGAAGAGGACCGACACCCGGACGGAGACGCACACAAACGGAUCGGAGGUCCACCAGAACGUCGCCGUUGAUGUCCCGCCUCAGAACCCUGCUGUCGUCAGCUCCCAGGAAGCUCCUCUUGUUCCGAAGGAAAACGGCUCCCCUGUAAAAGCCAGUCCCCAAGGGAGGGAGUCUGUCGUAUCCCCUCUGACCAUCACGGCUGAAAGCAUCACAUCAGCAACCACGACACAAGUUACCAAGACUGUAAAAGGAGGCUAUUCAGAGACCAGAAUCGAAAAAAGGAUCAUAAUCACAGGGGACGAUGAUGUGGACCAGCAUCAGGCGCUCGCCAUGGCGAUCCAGGAGGCCAAGCAGCAGCAUCCCGACAUGCUGGUGACAAAGGCCGUGGUUAUCAGGGAAACAGAGUCUCCCACAGAGGAGCUGCAGCGGAAAGCAGAGUCCUGAUCCGACACAGUGGCCUCUGAGACGGGAGUGGGGGGAGACAGGAGAGGACCCUCCAGCGGAGUCUCCUGCCCCACCGAGCAGCACGCCACCACCCUUACAGAGAGGACUCUCUACCCCCACUGUGUACGCGUAGACAUCUGAACAGACUGCGAUGCCAUGGAGCAGCAGACCUCCCGUCCUGUCCCUUUAGACGAAACCAACUGUGACCUGGCCUGGACCCCCGUCCCGUCCGGACCCAUUCCAGCCCUCCAGCUUCUUCGGACACAGGAACCGUCUUCUGUUAGAUGAUUCAGCGCUGAAACGGACCCGUUUCGGCUGGUUCGCGCCAACGAGCCUGCCUCCUUCAGAAAGGACUCGUUCCUGUUUAAACAUCUGCGGUCAGAUUGUCGUCAUCUCCUCGCUUCGGUUCAUUCAACUGCUGUCUUAUUAGCUUUUUACAUUUUUACCUAUAGAGGAUCUAACUUAAGUUCGGUGUUUGCCUGUUUAUGAAUUAUAUCAGAUGAUUAUAAUCUGCAUGAUUCAAAUAAUAAUAGCAGAGGAAGUGAGAACAUAUAAAAACUACACAGACACAUCCCAUAGGAAUACCGAUGCGACACACUGACCCGGCCUCCUAAACCAAACAUCCCUGUCCUCAUCCCAUCAUGACUGUUUGGCUUUUGGUGACAGCAACAAAGGGGAUGCUGCUUGCCGUGUUAGGCUUUGUAGAGGAGUUUAUAAUAUAAAUAUUAUGUGUUCUAAGUUUUACAGAUUGGAUGGUAUAUUUUUACUUUUUCAUUACUUGACUUUGGUUUAACCUGAACUUUUUGCGUUUUGGGAUUUUAUUUUUUUUUGUUCUCUCUUUUUCUUGGUGUUACACUGGAAAUUAUUGUGUGUCUUAGAGAGACAUCAACAGGCAUGGGCCGGUUACCACUAUCAAAACGUGCAAACUCCAAAACCACUCAAAUUUUCCACCCUAAUUAUUCAACACAGUUAAAUGCUUUUAUACCAUACCUUGAGCUUGCUAGGAGGCUGAAAGAUUGGUCCUAUGUGUAUCUCAUACAUGCAAAAACGACCAAUUUCAUUUGGUAUAUAUAUAUAUAUAUAUA